AGGGAGCAACACUAAGAAACACAGUCGAAUAUUAAGAUGCCAUGAAGCUAAAUUCAUGGGGAACUUUGCAAUGGCAUUGGAUUGUGGGGGACAUAAAUACAAAUAUUAUACUUAUAGGGGGCAAUUGCAGCACGAACUGACCUAUAGGGGCCUGUUUGUAGUUUCGCCAAUAAUUUUUCUUUCAGAAUCUUUUGAUGAGUGAUUGAAAAGUGAUACUAGGGACAGCCGAGCCGGACAGGGCGACGACAGGCACAAGGACGCACCAGGUCAGUCAUGAUGGAGAGUGCAUCCAUCCAAAAGUUUGGUGUUGGGGAAGCUGGAGCCUGGAGCUGCGCUUCUUCCUUGUUGCCCUCACGCUAAUCCGUGAAAUUAGAACAGAAAAAGUUAGGUGUUUCCGAGUGUGGAUCGAGAUCGAGAGUGCACAGUCAUGGAGUCUGCGGCAGCGAGCGCUUUCUUGAAGAGUGUGAUGGGAAGGCUCUUCCUGCUGCUGGAGAAGGAGUACAACAAGCACAGUGGCCUUGCGCAAGAAGCUCAGUCCAUCCAGCAGGAUCUGCGCAUGAUCGGUGCCGCCAUGGACGACCAACUCCGCACCCUGGGGAGGCACCAGCGGCCUGCCAUCGCGAGGGUGUACAGCGAAGAGAUUCUUGAUCUGGCACAUGACAUCGAGGACUGCGUUGACCGCUUCACGCAUCGCCUCAGCUGCAAGCAGAAGCGCGGCGGCAGCGGAGCAGCGUCUUCCUUGGCGCGUCGGGUGGCUCACGGCCUGAGGAAGGUUCAAAGCCGCUCUAGCUAUGCCGACGAGAUCCAGAAGCUCAAGAGGCGGCUCAAGGAAGCGCACCAACGGGUCAUCAACAACUCUGUUCCUCUUCCUGUUGGUCAGCCUCGACCUCAACCCAACGGUGGUUCGCCGCCGCCGUCGUCUAUGGUGCAGGCUGCUCUCGACUCCUCCUCCUCCUCCUCCUCCUCCUCAAACUCAAAGCCGUGCCGCCGUGUCACGCGCAACCCGGUGGGCAUCGACAAGCCCAUGGAGGAGCUACUGUCGCUGCUGCACGAGGUGGACGGCGAGCCACAGCAGCUGAGGGUCAUCUCCAUUGUUGGGUUCGGUGGCUUGGGGAAGACCACCCUUGCAAGGGCAGUCUACGACAGCCCUCACGCAAAGGAAACUUUCCACUGCCGUGCUUGGGUUUCCACCGCCGGCGCCACCUCGCCCGAGAUCAGCAUCAGCCAACGGAUUAAGGCUGUCCUCCGUGACAUACUCCAGCAAGUUGUUCCCAAAGACACCAUGGAAAUGGAUGUUGACAGUAACCACCUUGAGGCCUCGCUCAAGGAAUACCUCAGUGAUAAGAGGUAUUUAAUUGUCAUUGAUGACGUCCAAAUGGAUGAAUGGAGAACCGUAAACUCAGCCUUUCUUGGCAGCAAUAAUAGAAGCAGCAGAAUAAUAUUGACGACAAGUAUUCAGUCGGUGGCUAACAUUUGCAGCCAUGGCAAUGGUUAUGUCUACCAAAUGAGCACUCUUGGUGAACAAGACUCAAAGAAGAUAGCCUUCCCGGGGACCACUUCACCUGAGUUGGAGCACGGUUCAGCAGCGCUGCUGCGAAAAUGCGAUGGCCUUCCACUUGCCCUGGACAGUGUCUCCGACUACCUGAAGAGUUCGAGUGAGCCCACAGGAGAGCUCUGUGCAAAGCUAUGUCGCAACCUUGGUUCUCAUCUCAAGGAAAACCAUGACAGCUUCUCUGAUCUGAGUAAGGUUCUUUAUGACAACUAUGACAGCUUGUCUGGUUAUGCUCUUAGCUGCUUCCUGUACCUCGGCAUAUUCCCGAGCAAUCGUCCGCUCAAGAGGAAAGUUGUAACUAGGCGGUGGUUAGCCGAAGGAUAUGCUCGAAGCCAAUGUCUUCGUGGUGAGCAGGACAUUGCAGAUGACAACUUUAACAAGCUAGUCGACUGGAAUAUCAUCCGGCCUAUUGACACAAGAAACAAUUCGCAAGUGAAGACUUGUAAGGCUCAUGGGAUCAUGCAUGAGUUUGUACUACAUAUGUCGCAGAGUUUCAUCAUGACGCUGUCUCCUGAUCAUCCAAGAAUCAGUGCCAACGCCAAUAAUGCUCGGCACCUAUCUGUUCAUGAUGGCAAACUGGCAGCAGAAUGUGUGGCAUCUGACGUAGAUCCAUCACGUGUUCGAUCUCUGACAGUCUUUGGGGAUGCAGGUGGAGCCAUUUCUUAUGUUCGCAAGUGUAAGCUGAUACGGGUCUUGGAUCUUGAAGAAUGCAGUGACUUGAAAGACAAUGACCUCAAGCACAUAAGCAAGCUAUGGCAUCUCAAAUAUCUGAGCUUAGGGGACACUAUCGGUGAGCUCCCUAGGUGCAUCGAUGGACUGCACUGCUUGGAGACGCUGGAUUUGAGGAGAACGAAGAUAAAAUCAUUGCCCAUCGAGGCCAUUCAACUGCCACACUUGACCCACCUGUUUGGAAAGCUUAUGCUCGAUAAGGAUGACCUGAAGAAUGUGAACAAGAUGAGCAAGCUGGACACGUUUUUAUCUGGGAAACAUUGUAACCUUCAGACUUUGGCUGGAUUUGUCACCGACGAUAGCAAAGGUGUCCUGCGACUUAUUGUUGGUAUGGAUAAACUGAGGAAGGUUAAGAUAUGGUGUAAGCGUCUUUCAAACGGCAGUAGCUAUAUCAGUGACCUUUCAAAAGCCAUUCAGAAACUGGCAAAGGUUCCUAUGGAUAGACACAAUGAAUGUUCUCUUUCACUUGUUUCCGAAGAACCACGCGAAGAUUUCCUGAGCUCACUUAGCUUGGAGGAGUGCUCUGAAGGUUCGACAUAUGGUCUGAGGUCACUAAAGCUACAUGGCAAGUUGCUUCGGUUGCCUCCAUUUGUUACCCUGUUGCCAGGUCUCACUGAUCUGUGCAUCUCAUCAGCUACCCUGACACUGGAUCUUCUGUCAGCGCUGCCAAAUUUGGACAGAUUGCUUUACCUCAAACUGAGCGCAGACCGACUCGAGGAUUUUGAGAUAAAACGUGGGGCGUUCCCAAGCCUGCGACGCCUGUGCAUUCAGGUGCGAAGUCUCGCUUCAGCUCUGCCAACCAUUGAACAAGGAGCCAUGCCAAACCUCGUCUCACUUCAGCUUCUCUAUCGAGGUUUGGUUGGUCUUUCAGGCAUCAAUAUCAGGAACUUGAAACAUCUCAAGGAAGUCACAAUUGACGCUGAGGCGACUGCACAAACAAGACAAGAUUGGGAACACGCAGCGAAAAACCACCCAAAUAGGCCCAGAGUGAUGUUGGUACGAACAACGAAUCCGAUCGAAAACGAGGAACUGGGACCAUGUGCCAUGACGGAGAAGCGAAAAAGAUGUCCUGUAACCCAACCAAGUUUGGAUGACGGACUAGAUUCUAGUCUUAAAAAGAUGAGAAUUUCAGAGUCUUCUGCCAGGACUCCAUGCGAUUUUGUCCAUCCGGUGAUGGGAAGAGCCACAAUAGCCGCAUCCAGUAUUCCUCUGCAUUCUGACGAGUCUCCUGGUUGGAUGCAGCAGCCCAGCCAUCCUUAAUUUCAUUUUCUUACCUGUGCUUGAAAUCAUAAUUUUGGUCUCUUAUUUAUUUUGUAUGGACACCCUAAGUUAAAUGUAAUCGAUGGGUUUCAGGGGCUAGAUUGCAGAUGAUUGACUGUUGAGACAAGUCCAUCCGACUUCAGAGGAUCUCA